AUGCUAUCGCGAUUAAUCAGACAAAUUUUGUUUGUCCUUCUGCAUUUAGUUGUGAGUGUACUUGUUGCUAUUCAAAAUGUUUAUCACCGGUUCUGUGUUAAAAUGUCAAAUUUACCCAAAAAUCAGACUGUGAACAAUGAAGUGAUGACUGUAUUGGGGCAUGUGCCUUUAAUAACGAAGGAGCUAAAGCAUUUAGUAGUAUUGGUCGAUACUGAUCAUCAUACCCUCACUGACCUGGCUCGUGUAGUUAUCUGGAGUCUCGUCUUUGGGAUAUCUUAUGUCAGUUUUCAUGAUAUAACAGGCAAAUUGCAGAAAGAUGAAGAAAAUUUAUUUGUUGAAGUUGAAAAGCAGAAGAAAGGUAUACCAGGCUGCAUUAAAUGGUUUGAUAAGCCCAAUUUAAAUGGGUAUACAAAUGGUAUUCAAGCAAAUACAAUUUCUGUGAAUAUAUUAUCUUACAAUGAUGGGAGACCAAAAAUUACCAAGUGUUUGCAACAAAUAUCUCAAGAUAAUACUUUGUGUAUUAGAAGCUCUGAUGAGUUUACUUCACAAGAGUUAGACCGGACAUUAAAAACCAUAUAUCCUUCAAUUCCUGAUCCAAACUUGGUCCUCUAUUCGGGCCCUUUAUGUUGUGCAUAUGGUCUUUUACCAUGGCAUAUAAGAUUAACGGAAUUUAUACAAAUUUCUAUUGACCAUAGCAUAAAUGUGAAUAACUACUUAGGUGCUUUGUAUAAGUAUAAUAAAUGUGAUCUUAGAUUUGGUAAAUAA